AUGGACAUCUUUUAUAGCGAUACCGACAGUAUGCAUCUCUACAAUGAAGAUAUCCCUCGUUUAGCUGAAGAGUUUGAGAAACGUUAUGGAAGAGUUCUCAUUGGUAAAAACCUUGGUCAAUUUCAUAGCGACUUUGCAGAAAUAACACCUGGAAAACAAAGUUUAGCAUACAAGUCAAUAUUUUGUGGAAAGAAGACUUACAUAGACUUACUCACUAACGAUUUAAAUGAAGUUGCAUUCCAUGCACGUUGCAAAGGUGUCAAACAAGACGUCCUUGCUUUAACAGCUAAUGAAAUGUUUCCUGAAGCUAUACAAUGCUAUUACAAUGAAGAUAAAGGUUUAAUGGUUCCGCAAGGAAAAUUUGACAAAGACUCUGAGUUCAGUGUUAUGAAACUUUACAAAGCACUUCAUGAUGGUCAAGAGAUUGGAUUUGACUUAUGUAAGUCUUCUAGUCCUUGCUUUGCUGAAAAGUUUAACUUUUCUAUUCAGACUAAGACUUCAUUCAUAAGAAAGCUUAAGUUCUGA